AUGACGAAGAAGGAUGGAUUCCUGCUGCCAUUUACAGAUACGGUGCUGGACACGGUUGCUGGCCACGAAUUCUACUCGUUCCUGGAUGGAUAUAGUUGCUACAAUCAGAUCCAAAUCGCUUCAGAGGAUCAGCUCAAGACGGCAUUUGUUACUGAGUGCUUUGCUUAUCGGGUGAUGCCCGUAUUUGGGAGCUCGGACCAGCACAAGGAUCUGUUGAGGAGCUGUUUUCUGAAGUGUAGAAGCUUUGGCAUUUCCUUGAACCCGCACAAGUGCCAGUUUGCUAUAACGCAUGGACUCCUACUGGGCCGGAUUGUGAGCAGAGAUGGCUUAGCUGCUUUUCCUUAA